CUGAAUAUAGACACACACUCAUACAUACAUACAUACAUAUAUAUAUAUAUAUAACAGUCUGUCCUUUAGUUAAGAAAGAACUCUGUUGUCGCUGAGGCUGAUACACUGCUCAUUGAUCUCAAGACAGCAGCAACAAGAUGGUUCUUCACGUAAUUACAGUCCUGUUGUCCGUGGGACUAUGCUUCGGCAUGCCUCCCGCCAGUAAUACCAAACCUGCAGCCUACAGUGCCUCGCAGCAACAACAACAAGCAGCACAGGCCAGUCUCUUCAACCAACAACCAGCACAACAAACACGUGGUGGACUCUUCCCGCAACAACCACCAAAUCCUUCCUACCAGCCACAACAACCAAACCUCGGUUCCUUUGGCGCGUCACUCUUCGGCCAGAGCCCUUAUAGUGCCGCUCGGAGCCAACAAGGCGGUCUUCUGGGACAAGCCGCAGCCGGAGCCAACAGGCAGCAGGCAACCAACGCUGGCGCCGGCAACCUCAUGAGUUCGAUCUUGCAAAAUACAAUGACAGGCCGUAUGAUGGGAUUGGAUAGCCAGGAAAUUGCUUACUUGAAUUCUGUUCGUACCCAAGGUGUAAGACGCGCCAACAUCGACCGUCUGAUGAAGAUUGACCAGAUACCAUCCUACAACUACUAUCUAUCUCUCAAAAACAACCCCGCUCAGUUCGCCAAAGCCCAGGGUUACCUUAUGCGCUUGAACACGAUGGAGAGGGUAGCAACAGAUGCCCAGCUGGAAACAAUGGGCUUGAGGAUGAUGAUGCAGCCAAAUCAGGACCCCGUUAUUGCAGGGAUGCUGCAGAUGGAUGCUGCAAGGGGAGUCUACGGAGACGCCCUGCAGCGAUUGAUUCAACGUAGAACCCAGAUGUCUGUAUUGGGAUAAUUUCAUUAAUCUUUAAAUUUUGAAUGCAUAGAUCUGAUUGUGCGGAGCAUCAUUGUUUGCGUGUUUCGAUUUCUUAUUUGUCGCUAUUUAUUAAUCUGCACCGGCUGUUCUCACACCAGCGCAGGAUCCGCUUUUCAAAAGUGUUUGGGAAUAUGAUGACGUUGACGUUGGGUAUGUAAUAAAAGCUCAAUGAGUUUU